AGUCGGGAUUUCCCAGUUUUCCAUUACCACUGUAACGCAUCAUAAGUUCCGCCUUCACUUCCACCCUUUUCGCCUCUGCAGGGCUCAGCCUCAGUCCGCGAAAAUUCACAUGAAUCCGAGCUUCUACCGGAGAGACCGAACCAACAGGACAUGGAUUCUUCUCUGACUGGGUCUCUGCUGCUGCUGUCUGUGGUCUUCAUGCAGUUUGUCUCUGCUGCAGGUCAGAAAAACGUGACGAUCAAAGCUGAACCUGGAGAGAACGUCAUUCUGCCAUGUGAAGAUCCUGAUCAGGGGGAAAUCAUAGUCGCAGAGUGGAAGAGAACUGAUCUGAGAGAAGAAUUUGUCCUCCUGUACAAAGACGGGCAGAUCAAUCCAGCAGACCAGCUUCCGUCUUACAGGAACCGAGUUGAUCUGCUGCUAUAUCAGAUAAAGAAAGGAGACGUGUCUCUGCUUCUGAAGAACACAACGACUGAUGACAGCGGGACGUAUGAAUGUCGAGUUACUAAAGGAAACGUUGUGGAAAAACUGAUCAGCACCAUCAGCCUCCAGGUUUCUCCUCCAGGUGAGAGUUUGUCUCUGGAUCAGAACCAGCAGCUUCCUGGUUCUGAUCCAGAUCAGAUGAUCUUCAGUCAUCUCCUACCUGAAGAUCAGACUGGAGGUUAAAGGUCACAUACAGUAUUUGAUUAAUUCUAACCUGUAAACUUUGAUUCAUGCCAAUUAAAUUUGAUUGAAUCUUUUACCAUUUUA